AGGAAGGCUGCCGACUGCCCGCUGUCUCUCCUACCCCAGGUCAGGCUUGUCUUGUUGGCCAUAGGAGCAGCGAUGGCUCUACUCAGUUUGACCCAGCUGCUGGACGCCGCCAUCGGGACGCCCGAUGUCGCGGCCGUGAACUUCAGAGCGCUGCGCAACCUGCUGCAGGCCAUGCUGGGGCACCUGGGCCUGCAGGACCGCUCCGCCCGGGGCUUGGAGCAGCCUGCCAAGCGGGACAGGGCAAGGACCCCGGGCGCGGGGCAGCAGCCCCAGGAGCCGGGUGAGCAGCUGCCUGCAAAGGAGCCGCUGCAGGACACCACCAGCGGCUCCCAAGCUGAUGUGGCUGCCGACGAGAGGCAGCUGACAGAGAAGGUGGAAACCGAAGAGAGCAGCAGCUCCGAGGACACAUCUGUCUACCAGGAUCUCGUUGAGGAGAUUAGCCAGAUGAAGGAGGCACAGUCCCACAUGCAAGAGGAAAUCUGCAUGAUCCGGGAGGCACUUGGCUUGGGGAACCUCCAGGACGCUGCCAACCGCCUGCCAGGCAUCUGCGACCUAAGGACUCUGGCCAGUGAUGUGCAAAUGCUGAAGGAAAGGCUGGGCCUGUACCCGGCCCCCGAGGAGGUGAACAACAUGGUGCACUGGGAGGUGCUGGAGGAUUGCCUGGUGGGCAGCAAAGGAGAACAAGGAAGAGAUGGAGGAAGACCAAGAGGAGGACAAGAAGGAGGCCAGGCUGCCCCUACCAAGCCUCCCACUUCAGAUGUGGACACCGCACAUGGGGCAACCUCAGUCCUGGGGCUGAAGGAUUCAGGGACAGCUCUAACAGCCCCUAAGCAGCAGGCACGCGUUCCCUCAGAUCAGAGGAGGGAUGCUAGCACCACAGCGAAGAUGCAGGCAGUGUCUCAGGACACCCAGACCACCACCUUGGGGACACAGCCAACACAGCCAGAGUCCACGGGCACCCAGACCACCACCCUGGGGACACAGCCGGAGUCUACCAGCGCUGAGACCACCAUCUCAGGGGAGCAGCCCAGCACACAGCUUGCCCAGGCAGGCCCCCUGACAGCAGGGACUCUCUUGCCGACAGCCCAGGGAUUUGAGAUCCCACUCGGCACUGAUUGCAGGGCCAUGUCCCACUCGCAAGAGCUGGCCUUGCCCUCGGGCUCCAGCAGUGCCUACGACAACGCCUACAAGUGCUACAUGGAGACGGUGGAGGCUCUCCAGCAGAUCGGGCAACUCAGACACCUCUAUGCUGCCCUGAACGAGCAGGUGGCCCAGCUGGAAGCCACCAAAUCGGACCGGACCGAACUGGAGAAGCUGCGCCUGCUCCUCCAGGAGGGAGGCCAGGAGACCAUUGCCAACAUGCUGGGUGACCUCCAGGGCCAGGUGUCCUCCCUGCAGGGCUUGGCCAGGGACCUGCAGGGCUUGGCCAGGGACCUGCAGGGCCUGGCCAGGGACCUGCAGGGUGAGAAGGGAAAGAUCAGGAAGCUGGAGAAUGCCGUUGGCAAACUGGAGGCUGCUAGAGCCAGCUGGCAAAUGGAUCGCAGCAACCAGCUCGGCCUGCCAUUGGGGUCCACACCACAGGAGGUAAAGUGGGACUUGAAGGAUCUGGCAGAGCAGCAGCAAAUAAGCAAGGCUGCACUGGAUCAGUUGGUGACCGAGACGGCCGAGGAGGAGCAGGAGCAGCUGGAAAAGCUGAGGGUGAUGAAGAGCACGGGGCAGGAGGAGGCAGUAUGCCCCAUCUGCAGCAGUGACACCAGCACGCGUUUGGGGAAGCUCCUGCGGCGCUAUGAGAAGCUGCAGGAGGUGGUGGACUCCCUCAUGUCGAGCAGGAAGAUGGGCAACGUGGUGAGGCAGCUGCCAGGGAGGAGCCAGCAGGACCAGGAGGUGCUGAAGCGCAUCCAGGCUGCCAUCCUGCAGGUGCAAGGGGAGUAUGAAAAGCUCAGCUCUGUCACGGGGAACCUCCUGGAUGACAGUCGCCAGCAGCAGAAAGAUAUUGAGGGUCUGUUCCAGUCCAUGGAGAGGCUGGAGAAGGAGAAAGCAGACAAAGAGGACCUGGAGCUGGGAAUGGAUGAGAAAGCAGACAAAGGCGCCUUGGCCAGCAAAGUCAGUCGCGCCCAAUUUGAGGCGAGCCUGGAGCUGCUGAACGAGAGAAACCAGGAGGUGCUGAGCCGGGUGACGGGCCAGGAGCAGGGGCUGCACGAGAUCCAGCAGCAGCUGCGGGAGGAGAUGGCCUCCAAGCUGGACCGCCUGGAGCUGGGGCCGUUCCAGCAGCAGCUGGAUGAACAUUGGAAGAGCAGCCUCGAGCAGCUCAAGGAGACGACACCACCAGUGGAAGCUGAUGAUGCAGCUGGGAUUAGGAAGCAGCUGCUCGCUGAUUUCCAGUGCCUGUCUUGUGACAGGCAACUCAGCAUGCGGGUUCCUGGCUCGCCCAUACCACCCAUCCCGCCCCUGCCACCACUGGUCCCUCACAUCACUGGACAAUCCCACCCUGUCCUCAGGAUGGAGCAAACCCAAAGGGAGCGGAUGGCUGCAUGCAGGUACCCCACCGUGCCACGGCAGUGUGGGGGCCAGCAUACCGUCACGCACCCUCUGCAGCGCAGCUUGCGCCUCCAGCCUGUCCAGCCCAGCACCCCGCAGGCACUCCAGCCUUCCACCCUGCUCCCAAGCAAGCAUGACAACAAGUUAGAGCUGUUGGGCCAGGACAGCCGCUGGGCUGACCCCUGCCCCUCAGCCCCGGGCACCACUGCCCCACUGGAACACAGGUCAGCCUCAUCCCAUGGCCACCUUGUCCAAGUACAGCGGCCCCUCCCAUCCCUCCAGGCCCGCAGGAUGGAUGCAGCAACCCGGCAGCCAGGCAGGACUGGGGGUCACCGCCUGAAUCUCAGCGCCCCGGCGCCCCAGCAGGCGAAGAAGUAGCUCCCGGCAGCAGCAAUAAAGGGUGAUGCUCAGCAGAGCGCCUGUGUGGCUUGAGUGGGGGGACCCUGGCUUGGGAUCUGCCCUUGGCCUGUGGCCACAUGUCACUGGAGGAGCUGAAAACAGCCCUGGCCGCCCUCCCACUCCUCGUCCCCAGAGUCUGAGCCCUCUGAGCUGCUGCACUCACCUGGCACCUCCACGAGCCCUGUGUGGCCCUGAUGGCCCCUGCUGGGGGAGCCUGUGGCCCCAAGGUGGGGCUGAGGGAGCCAGGCAGUGCAGCAGCAGGAGGAGGAUGCUUGGUUGCUGUUGAAAGUGAUAGCAAAUUGGCACCUAGGUGGGAAGGGUGGCAACAGCAGCACACAGUGAGGGGCAGCUCUCAGUUCCCUGUACAUGGCUCUGCCCUCCUCCCUGCUAAAGGCACAGAACUUGCCCAUAUUGUCACCCUUGUUUUAUAAUUGUGAGUAUUGCAGUGGUAUUGGUAAAGAGCACAGGGUUGGAAGGGGCUUCUUUGGUAUUUAUGGCAAGGAAGGCAAUGUGUGGGGCUGUACGGCUUCUGGCAUCCAACUUAGAUCAUACCUAGCCCUUUAUUUUAAUGAGCCAUGACAUCAGUUAGCUGGGGCCAGCCAAGACUCUGGAGAUUUGGUGCCUCAAAGAGCCUAGGAGAGCUAACUCCCACCAGAAAGGGGGUGUGUGGACUUUGGAGGCUAGGGUUCAACUCCCAUGGCUACAGAAGUCUACAGAAUAAAAGUUUAACACAGUGUCCCAUUGUAGCCAAAGGACUAUAGUCAUCCAACCAUAUGUGGCUGUUAAAGAGACUGUGCUGUUGACUUCACUGUCUCUGUGGACCAUGCAACCUACAGUCUUGAAUCCAUGACUGUAGACCCUUGAGCUGUUCUGGAAGCCCAGAUACCAAGCUUAGAUGUAGAAACAUACACAGCAGUUACCCAUAGUUAGGUGAGAGGAAUGCCAGUACAGGUGUCUGUGAGACUGUAGAUGCCUGUGAUGAAGUGAGCUGCUGCAGGGGAUCAAGAGAUGAGACGGAAGUUUUUGUUAAAUGUACCAGGUCAUAUUAACCAAAUGCCACAGUGCUGGGCCAGUGCCUUUGUCAGGCACAGCCUUCGCUGCAGCAUGCAAGUGGCAGUGUAAGGUCACAACUGCUCUGCUUGUGUAAGUCCCUUAUACCCACUUGGACCUCAGCAGGGCUUGAAAAGAGAAUGUGCACCAUCUCAGCAUGGUCUGUUGAGGCACCGCUUGGGUAGGAGCAGUAGUGGCAGUUGACAAACAUUUUGUUACAUUAUUAUAUUCCUAAGCUUUAUUUCCUGCUACCUAGGUCUGAUGGCAUAAAUUCUUGAACAGCAACGCCCAUCCAAGGCCCCCAGCUUCUUGCUGCUCGAACAUGGAGAAGAUCAAUCAGAAUAUAGAGAGAUGACUCAGGGAUUCUCUGUGUGCAUAGGAUAUGUUUUUUCUCUAUUUGCAGAACCAGCUGAUCAGGAGAGCAGUGUGACUUCUGACAAAUGAAUUAUUCUUAGUGCAGCAGAGGAAUAAAAGCCCAUGUGUUUUUUCCAACUGUUGAGAGCCCUUUAAAAAUUAUGCUUUCAAACAUAGUGAAAUAUUUAAUGAAGAUGACAAGAGUUCAAGUAAAAAUGCAGAUGCAAGCACACACGCAGGAGAAUAGCACAGCCAGAAGAUUCCCCUUAUUUAUUCAUUUCUGCCAUCUGUUUGCAUCUACAAAGCUAAAAUAGUUCUUGUAACAGAUCUUUUUUUGGUUACCUCUGUUUUUGCUUCUGAUACCGGUAGUGAAUUCCUGUAGAACACAGAAAGUGUGCGGAAUAAGGAAUGCACCAAUAUGUCAUCAUCGGGCACAGGAAGCAGCAGGGCAGGACCUGAAAGAGAUCCAUAGUUGGGGACUAGAUUCAAAUGACAUUUCUGAGUUUGAAGCAUGAUGUGCAGAAAUUAGUCCAGCACUGUGCUGCCAAGCACCCCAGCUCUGUUUGAGCUGCUGUCUAAUGCUGAACACAAAUACUCUCUGGAGGUACUUCAUUUCUGUCUGCUUGGACUCUGGAGCCUGCUGAGCCUCUGGAUCUCCAGAGAUUUUUUGUUAUAUGUUGGAGCAUAUUUUAUCCACGCUUGCAUGUUCGGGUUUCUCCACCUGCAGUGGUUUAGGGUGAUACCCACUUUUAUCAUAAUACUCCAGCCCAUGGAGCACUCUCCUGCCAUACUGAUGGUCUGGGUUCACUUCUCAGUCUGUUUUACAAGGGUGAGGGUUUGGAUCCACAUCUUCCUUAUUUCAGAAGAACCAGAGACAUGAAUAAGGAGCAGCAUUGGGUCUGGAAAACAGUUUUUCUUGAGGCUAUUAUGAAGGCUCCGUGCCUCUUGCUUGCUGAAUACACUCCAUCAGACAGAGUCUUCCUGAAUGCAGAUAAAGGAAAAGUCACAGCCACUUCAUGAAGGAAAUGACAAGAAUUCAGCAGCUCCUUGCCUUUGGACCAGAUGUCACCACAGUGGCAGUUGCUCCUGAAACAUGGGGUAGUCUGUGGUGCUUGCUGUUGGAAGGGACCGGGACCUGGAAAUGGCAUAGCACACACAGAGCUGACAUUAGUGGACUCCAGUAUGCUUUGUUUGCACAUGUCAGCUGCGUGGAGCCAGGCUGGCUGCUUGUAGCUGCACAACCACAUAGAGACCUGCCAGCCAACCUCUGCGUGGCCAAAGCUCAGCCUGUCCUCCCCCACCUCUUCCCAGCCUUCCUGCUGCUCUCUGCAAGCAUUUUCAACCUGUGAAUAGAGCUGAUCCUACAGUUACCUGAGCAUGUCUGUUCUCUGUAAGAUUCAAAUGUCUCAUUCUCUGAAAACAACCUCUCCCCAAUUGCUCAUUAUCUUUAGCCAGGUGGAGAUGCCCUCUGGGCUGGCAGCUGGGUCUGACAGCCUCAGGACGAGCAUGUCAUGGAAACAUCGACAGAUGACAGAAGAACAGGGAAAAGCAGUUGCAAUGUGCUACCGCUCCCUUGGGGGCUGCAAACAAGAGUAAGAUAAAACGGACAAUACCAGACCUUUCUCAUGGCAUUUCAUACCCCAGAAGCGUUGUGGUGGGGGAAGAGCAGUCCCUGGUGCAAGUGCCCCAGUGAGCUGUGGUUUGGGAAGGAUGCCUGUCCGGGGGCUUUUCUCCAUCUGCUCUGCAGCCCUUCACUGCUUGUCGUGAUUUUAGUCCCCUAACCACGCUGAGUUGGCCAUGGGAUGUCCGAUCUUCAAGGCUGGACCAUGCCACCAACUGAGCAAUGUCUCAGAGCCCAAAGUUAUUACCUAU